UUCACCUGCACCAUUUUAUGUGAAGUGCUCAGAGCUACGCCGGGCCUGCUUACUUGGAAAGGAGGAGUGGUUCCUUUCAACCAGCCUCUUAAAGGACCGAGGUUGAAAGAGGUUGGGAGCAGAGCUGGCAGAGAAGAAGGGAAGAGCCCCAAGGACGUGGUGGCGCCGGUGACCCACGAGCCUUGGCGUGGCCAUCAUGUUCUAUAUGCACUUAUUUGUGAACAAGCGUGGGCCCCUGGCCAAAAUAUGGCUUGCUGCCCACUGGGAGAAGAAGCUCACCAAAGCCCAUAUAUUUGAGUGCAAUUUAGAGACUACUGUCAGGAAGAUCAUCUCACCAAAGUUUGCAAUUGCUCUGCGGACCUCUGGACACUUACUCUUAGGAGUGGUGCGAAUCUACCACAGGAAAGCAAAGUACCUCUUGGCGGACUGUAGUGAAGCUUUGACAAAAAUGAAGACAGCCUUUCGUCCAGGACUUGUUGACCUUCCAGAAGAGAACUUUGAGGCUGCUUAUCAGUCCAUUACGUUACCUGAAGAAUUUCAUGAUUUUGCAACACCACUCCCUGAAUUAAAUGCCAUUGAGGUUGCUGAACAUUUUACCUUGAAUCAGAGCAGAGCUGAAGACAUCACACUUACAGAGGAUUACGAAAGCAAUAUACUUCUCUGUGAUAGAAACUUUGGUGAGGAACCAGAUACACUAAGACAACAUAGCUUCCUUGAUGGCAGCAUAGUAAUGAGCAGUAAUAGUGUCUUAGCUGAUCACACCCCUGCAAGCCUAAAUGGAGACAAGUCUGCACUGUGUGAAGAUACUUACUGCUUUGAGCAUGAUUGUUUUGGAGAUGAGGAGACUGCUGGGGAUAUGAUUGAAAUUCUAUUGAGAGAUGAGAAAAAUAGCCUAAUUAAAGACAUUCUUGAUAUGGAGGAAGAACUUCCUUUGUCACAAGAUCUUCCAGAGAACAGUGCAGCCGUGGAUUCCAAUGGUGCAGACGCCAUGAUUCAAAAAGGUCCUCUAAUGAAUGAAACAGCACUUUUGUCUAAAGAAGAAGGAUUUGUGCUUGAGCCUGUUGAUGAUACAGUUAUCACCCAGAGGAAAAAAAAUAAAAGAAAGAGGAAAUUGCUUGUGGAUGCGGACAAGGAGCUCAGCUGCAAUGCUAUAUACAACCAGCUUAACAACUUCACGGACAUUCUUGCUACGUUAGACCUUGCACCCCCAACAAAAAAAACAAUGAUGUGGAAGAAGUCAGGCGGAGUGGAUACACUUCUGUCCCACACUGCACAACCUUUGAUUCAUGCUCAGCUACAAAUGUUGUUUGCAAACUGCUUCAAGUAUCACAGAUUCAAGAUGGAAAGAAAUGGAAUACCGAUGGAGUCUGAAAUGGAAGAAACAAGAAAAGGACAAGAUACGAAAGAGAUGCUGAUAAUUGAAGAGCCAAGUUACCUACAGGAGUCAGAUCAUUCAGAGACUGAGAAAAAAAUUAGAAAUGAUUCAUUUAUGUUGGCAUCAAAGAAUAGCAAAAAUGAAAUUGAUGAUAAUCUGGAUGAAACUAUACAGGGUAGAACUGCUUUGUCUGAGAGCUCUUCAUUGGUGAAUACAUCACUGGGACAAGAAGCUGAAAUAAAGCAAGCGGAGUUAACAAAUGAGCUAAUAAGGAACAAUAAAGACAGAGAAGAAAAAAGGUGGAGCAAAAGAACUCGUCAGUUACUAAAAACAUUACAGCACAUGAACAAAUCAGGAGUGAAUUCUUUCAGUUUACUGGAGCUCUGUCAGAAAAACAACCGGAAAGAAGCUGCAGCCAAGUUUUACAUCUUUCUUGUUCUAAAGAAACAGUUGGUUAUUGAGCUUACUCAAAGUGCUCCUUUUGCAGACAUUACAGCAACUGUAGGCCCAAAGUUCAAUACUCUCUGAAAUCAUGCAAUAUUCAGAUAA